GCCCUCAUAAGCGACUUCAGAUGCAACGGCAUUCUGCACUUUUCUUCCAGCUCUCUUCAUCUUGCAGCUCUUCAAUAGCAGAGCCACUAUCAUAUUCACGUCCUGGUGACUGAAUACAUACUGAGCAAUAACCACAGUUAUCCAACCUUGCGGGUAUAUUCGUACCCUAAUCCCUUUCACGUUAUUCGUAGAUCGGCCAAAUCAUGCUCCCCAUUACCGAAUUCCAGUUUGCGUUCUGUGGGAUCGCGACUUUUGCGGCCACCUUCGGCUACGCAUGUGCUCGCAGAGCCUCGUCCCUGAACGCGCAACCAAGCCACGUCGAUGUCGAACCCGAGGAGAAGUCUCUCAAGCGUAAGCUCGAUGAAUCUGAUGGCGAAUCCGAGGGUGAACAGGAGAGACCCGUCAAAAGGAGCAGAACACCUCCCAACGACCACGAGGAGGAAGAGUGGGAAGUUGUCAUCCCGCCCCCUUCAUAUCAAGAGGCCCAGAACGCGGCACCCCAUCCUGAACCAGCUGUUCGAGAAGAAGUGUCUACAGCUGUUCAAAUCGGGACCGCGCAAGUCGAAGAAGUCGCUCCGAGCGCUAACGAGCCCGCUCCAGAAGCACAUAUCCCACCGGCUACCAUUGUUAACGAAAAUGUUCAGCCAGCCGAACCACAGCCGGAGGAGGCUGAGUCACAGCCUAAGCAUCCCGAGAAUCAGUCUCAAUCAUUGAGGACCAAUGAGCCCAGUGAGCCUCGCCCCGUUACGCCGCCGCCACCACCAGCUCCCAAGCCAGUCACUCUUAGGUCGAAUGUCACUGCAUUCUCAUCUUUCGCAAACACCAAAUCUCCUUUCACCAAGUAUUCCAACACUCCCUUCCCAUCAUCUACGUCGACGUUCACACCUGCCUGGCGAUGCGGCGAAUCCCGUACCCCAGUCUUUUCUAUUGACAACGCACCAGUGCCGUGUCCGAAUGAUAAUGCGCUCUCGCCGUCUCCAAAUGAAGUUACUGAGACGUCUUCAGCCGGUGCUCUAGGUGACCGCACGCAGGCAUCCACAGCACCAAAAACAUCCUCACCUGUAACCGGUGAAGAAGACGAAUCCGUCUCCUCCGAGCUCAAAGGUGUCAAAAUCUUUAUAAAGCGCGGACGCAAAGAGUUCACGGAUGGUAACUUUGGACAUAUCAAACUCCUGACGCAGAACGAACGCACACGCUUGCUAUUCAGGCGGGAUCCCCUGGGCCAGGUGUCGAUGAAUGUAGCAUUGCGGUCCGCAGUGCGGUGCCAUUAUGAUGCAGGGGAAAAUAUUCUCCGAGUCGUGCUGAUGGAGCAGGUCGCUGUUGAGGGGAAGGAACCGAAAGACGAGGUUGUGAUCUAUGCCCUCAAGCCGGGGCGUGCAUCGAAGGCCGAUUUCAAGGCUUUUGCUCAAACACUCUGCGCAAACGAUCGUCUCAAGGCGUCAUAAUACCCCCCUCCAUGGAGGUCAAUGGCAGAUGACAUGUGUCAUGUCGCAAGAUGCUGGACAUCUUCUUUAGGACGCCAUAUGCGUUCGGGUAGCAAGUUGUAUGACAGGAUGUCAACGACUUCAUCACAUGUGCGAAAUUGGCUUGGUUGGUGAAAGGCCUCAGCAGAGUCAGCACGUUCAGACCACUAGGAACAGUUAUAGAUAUCCCGACACUGUAUAUUGAAUACCCACAAAAGAUUGUACGAAUUUUUGCUCGUGUUGCAUUCACAAUAUAUUUUCUAGGCGAGCUUGUACAUCUACUCAAUAGAAUCAUGAUUUCAGUGCUAA